AUGAAUGAUAGCUAUGAUAGUUUAUUUAAAAUUUUAUUAAUUGGAGAUAGUGGCGUUGGGAAAUCUUGUUUGCUCCUUCGUUUUGCCGAUGAUACCUACACGGACAGUUACAUCAGCACAAUCGGAGUUGACUUUAAAAUAAAGACGAUAGAAAUUGAAGACAAAAUUAUAAAACUGCAAAUAUGGGAUACAGCAGGACAGGAGCGAUUCAGGACCAUUACGUCUUCCUAUUAUAGGGGAGCACAAGGCAUCAUUAUUGUUUACGACGUGACCGACCGAGAUAGCUUCAACAAUGUGAAAAAUUGGAUAAUCGAGAUAGAAAAAUACGCAUCGGAGGACGUACAGAAAAUUCUCAUAGGAAACAAAAUUGAUUUAAAAAAUGAUCGCAAUGUGAGUUACGAAGAAGGAAAAGAGCUAGCUGACAGCUGCAACAUUCAGUUCCUGGAGACUUCGGCCAAAAUAGCCCACAACGUGGAGCAAGCCUUUAAAACCAUGGCGCAUGAAAUCAAAAAUAAAUCUCAGUUGGAGAAUCAGCAGAAGGGAAGGGCCAACAUCAAUUUGAACGCGAAGCCAAUAAAGGAUAAUAGAAAGAAGUGCUGCUGA